AUGGUAUCAGCAAGCAAAUCAGCAAUGCUUUCCAAGGUAUCAGAAGUGGCUAAAUUCAAUUCAUCCAAAAGUAACCAAUCACCAUUUCUCACUGCCUUGACCAAAGAACCUUCCACAAAACUAAACACAAAAGAAUUGUCCAAGGUCGAAGACUGCAAUUCAAAUUCUUUAAUUGAGUUUUCAAAUUCCAACCAUUUGUCCAUUAAUACUGACUUUUCCAAUGACUUUAACUUUCUCUUCUUUCUUGGUCUGGAUUCGCCUUCAUCCUCAGGCUCAGAUUCAGUAUUCAAAAUAUCCUUGGCCAUCUUCAAAGCUUCUCGCCAUAACUUAAUCACAUUCUUCCAUUGGCCCUUAUUGAAACACUUUGAUAACACUUUGGAAAACUUUUCAUUCUUCUUUUCGGAAAACGUAGCAAUAAAUAUAGUUUCAAAUGAUUCUUGGAUAGGUAUAGCAAUGGUCUUGGUAUUCACGGGUUUGUAUCCACCUAACAAAUCCCCAGCUUCAGUUUGUUGA